AUGGGGAAUAUAAUGUCUACUAGUUUUGCUCCUGAAUGUACCGAAGCAAAGAAAAAGUAUGAUGACUGUUUCAACAGUUGGUAUACUGAUAAAUUCCUUGCUGGGAAAAGUAUGCAAAAUGAAUGUACUGAACUUUGGUACGAUUACAAAGCUUGCGUGGAUGCAGCCUUAGUGAAACGUGGGAUGGUCAAGAUGGUUGAUGAAGCUAGAAAAGAUGCUCCUUUUGAAACUGGUGGAAUACCUCAGGAUAAUUCGGAUGCUACUAAUGAGAAAUAA